UGACAAUAUCGCUGACCAUUUUGAAAACCUUGAUCUUUUCUUAAUUUGCCAUGUAAAUUAGAUUUGUCUUUAUCGGCCAUACCCUGAAGCAGAGGUUGCGUCCACAUUCAUCCUGUGGCUCAUGGCAGGGAAUCCCCGCCCCAAUCGGAAAAGGAAAUUUAUUAGAAUCCUAAAAUUGAUCGAAUUCUGAAUGAUGAAGGAAGGUUAAAAAGUCAGCAGUCAACCAACAGCUGUAAAUCUACUGAAUAAUAACACCCACUAGCCUCGCUCUAUCUCCCUCCUUCCUUAAAACCCUCCCUUAAUCCCUUUCCGCCUUUCAGCGAGGCGUUGAAAUUUUUGUAGGUAACCUGAAGAACAAUGGCGUUUACCAUCAAGCAAAUGUCUCUGAUAGUGGCAACCCUUGGAAUUGUGUCCUUUGUGCUUGGGGUUAUUGCUGAAAACAAGAAGCCUUCACAAGGUAUUCCAAUAAGCGGGAAAGGUGUUGUGAUUUGCAAGUACCCAUCAGAUCCAUCUGUGGCAUUGGGAUAUUUAUCCACUGCUUUUCUUAUUGUCUCGGCUAUUGCGGGCUACUAUUCCCUGUUUUACUCCUACCAAGGAAAGUCCGUUCCUCGGGCAGCUUUUAACCAGAAUAAGGGGUUCCUUAUCUUCUUCAGUGUUGCCUUGGGCACCUUUGGUUUAGCGCUGGCGUUCUUGCUGUGGCCCACGAUCCAGGGGCAUAAUCACCGCAUCAACAACGUGCACCACAAUUUGGAGUUCAAAUGCCCAACGGCUAAAACGGGUAUUCUAGGCGGUGGGGCCUUCCUUUCGCUCGAUUCUUGCCUUUUCUGGCUUGUUGCUCUAAUGUUGGCCGAUAAUGUACGUGCUGAUUAUUUUGAGGAGUCGGAUGAGAAGGUCCCGACCAGCUAUGGCACGGCUGAGUCUCUUAAGGAGAUUGCUUGAGUUUAUAAGAUGUGGUGGUUUAUAGGAACUAAGGAAAAGGCCAUUGCUCAAUGUUAUGUAUAUAUUGGUCUCAACUCAAGUCUUGGUAGAGUGUUCUGUCUUGUUUUCUUUGGUUUUUAAAGAAGUGGUUGGUGGUGUUACAGACAAUUAUUAUCUUUUAGAAGGAUGCUUUACUAUUUAUCAAUAAAUUUAUCUCAAAUUCUAAUUGUCCUACUUUGUUAACCUUUGAUCUUAUAUUAUUAUAUAUGGUAUGUUGCAACGCGCUCUCAAAA